CAGGAAUUCACCCUGUGUCACUUGGGAACCUUUGCGAUUGUAAGAGAUCGUUUUCACACCUCGAUUUGUCAGAGGCUGUGUGGGAUCCACAGAUUGCUUAUCAACAGCUUAGUUUGCCUCGAUUCUUGGUGCCUCUGCAGGAACGAAUUUCAUACACACCUCCGGAGAGUCCAGUGGCAAGCUACGGUUCCUCGACUCCACUUCAUGUUCCAGUGCCUCGAGCGCUCAGGAUGGAGGAAGACUCGAUCCACCUGCCAGCGCACCUGCGCUUGCAGCCGAUUUACUGGAGCAGAGAUGACGUAGCCCAGUGGCUCAAGUGGGCGGAAAACGAGUUUUCUUUAAGGCCCAUUGAGAGCAACACGUUCGAAAUGAACGGCAAGGCGCUCCUGCUGCUGACCAAAGAGGAUUUCCGCUACCGAUCUCCUCAUUCAGGCGAUGUGCUCUAUGAACUCCUUCAGCAUAUUCUGAAGCAGAGGAAACCUCGAAUUCUCUUCUCGCCAUUCUUCCACCCUGGGAACUCUAUCCACACGAAGCCAGAGGUCCUACUGCAUCAGAACCAUGAAGAAGAUAACUGUGUCCAGAGGACGCCCAGGCCACCUGCAGAGAGUGUGCACCACAACCCUCCCACCAUUGAACUCUUACAUCGCCCUCGGUCACCCAUCACCACAAACCACAGGCCUUCUCCUGACCCCGAGCAGCGGCCCCUGCGGUCCCCUCUGGACAACAUGAUCCGCCGCCUCUCGCCAGCUGAGAGGGCCCAGGGACCAAGGCUUCAGCAGGAAAACAACCACCAGGAAUCCUACCCCCUGUCGGUGUCUCCUAUGGAGAAUAAUCACUGCCCACCAUCCUCGGAGUCCAACCCGAAGCCCUCCAGCCCCUGGCAGGAGAGCACGCGAGUGAUCCAGCUGAUGCCCAGCCCCAUCAUGCACCCUUUGAUCCUGAACCCCCGGCACUCAGUAGAUUUCAAACAGUCCCGGCUCUCUGAAGAUGGGCUGCAUAGGGAAGGGAAGCCCAUGAACCUGUCUCACCGGGAGGACCUGGCUUACAUGAACCACAUCAUGGUCUCCGUGUCCCCACCUGAAGAGCACGCCAUGCCCAUUGGGAGAAUAGCAGACUGUAGACUGCUUUGGGAUUACGUCUAUCAGUUGCUCUCUGACAGCCGGUACGAAAACUUCAUCAGAUGGGAAGACAAGGAAUCCAAAAUAUUCCGGAUAGUGGAUCCCAAUGGAUUGGCUCGCCUGUGGGGAAACCAUAAGAACAGAACAAACAUGACCUAUGAGAAAAUGUCCAGAGCCCUGCGCCACUACUACAAACUAAACAUUAUCAGGAAGGAGCCCGGACAAAGGCUUUUGUUCAGGUUCAUGAAAACCCCAGAUGAAAUCAUGAGUGGCCGGACAGACCGUCUAGAGCACCUUGAGUCUCAGGAGCUGGAUGAACAAGCGUACCAAGAGGAUGAAUGCUAAGGGGAGCCACCACGGCCUCACCGGCUGGCCAGGAGGAAACCUGCCCACAGGGACCGCUGGAGGCGUGAUGGAGCAGGCGAGCUGGGGAUGGCUAAGAAAGAAGAGGCCCAAGAAUGGCAGGAAUGCUUUUCUUGCAGACCGAGAGGGACCCAGAGCACCUUAGACAAACCACCCAGCAAUGGCGGGCUGGAAUUCUGGCGGAGGGCACAAGCCUGAGACUCACACGUCACGUUUGCUUCUCCUUCGGACCUCUUGUCUGUAACGCCUCACCCUCACCCUGCACCUGCCGUUAGUCUCAUGAUGUUUCUGUUUUCGUUUUUCUGGGUUUGUUUUUUUUUUUU